CGACCCUUUUCCACGGGGUCAAUAUUCGGACCUAAAGGGGUUAAAUCAGGACGAGAACGGUUUACCGAGAAAAAGAGGGGAGGACAGGGAGGACAGGGAAGAGGGGAAGUGAUGGCCACGUCCAGUAAAGACGAUUCAGAGCUGGGCACCAGUGACGGGUUCAGGAGGACGUGGGACACGACCACGUUCGAGAAGAUGGCCAAGGACAGGAUCAAGGCAGAGAAAGAAGGAGACAAGAAAGGUUCAUCAGUACCAGUACAGAGGGAACUGUUGAAACGGAGAGAAUAUAAGGUUGAUUUGGAUUCCAAGUUGGGGAAGACCCUCAUCAUCACUCGAGACACGCCACAAUCUCAGACUGGAGGGUACUACUGCAAUGUAUGUGAUUGUGUCGUGAAGGACUCCAUCAACUUUUUGGACCACAUCAACGGCCGAAAACGUAAGCCUCCACAAACUGUACCGACAUGUUGUGCCAGCUACUGGUAGUGGCUAGCUGCUAGGUAGUGUUUGGUAGUAAAAUUACCUGUUUGUUGGCGAGCGGGGUGAGUCUAGCUAGUCAUCGGAAAUGCGUGACUUUUCCACAUCUACUAGGUGUAAAUUAUCUACAAUGAUGGUCACACUGUGCAAACUGCGUCAAGUCCAGAUGUCACACCAUUAACUUGUUUGCUUUCGCGCUUGCCAAAAUGCCCUAAUGGAAAAAUGUACUGUGUUUAGAACUAACAAUCCUAUCAUCGGUGUGGUUCAUGGACAGCUAGACACAGACAGGCACAGACUGAUAUCAGUAUAAUAUGUGUUGCCACAGCCCUGAGGUCUCGGAAAUGUAUUUCACACUCUUCCCUUCGCGACCACAUAUCAUUGCAACUACAAAAGGUGAUUUCCAGGAAAGCAGUAGUCCAGUCUUGGCUGUAGGGCCAGCUCCUAUGAAAAGGGCCGGUCUUAUUGAAUUACGGAACUACAUUCACUUCUGCGUUGGCAGACGACGACGGAUUAUUUGAUAGCUCCAGCGAUAGAGUGUGGGACAGCGGUGGACGGUUUUUUGCACCGGGCACAUUUUCCCAUGCAGCGUGGCACAGGGGUGGAAGUGGGAUC